GUUAGAUGUGUGUCAUCGUGCAUUUACAAACCAAUAAACUUUCAACCAGACGAGGGCUUUUAAGCGAAACAAGGUUUUGUGUUUUGAAACGGAAAUGACGUCAGUGAUUCACUAUUUUUUCGGGACGAAAUAAAUUACAAUCGUGACAUCGAAUAGGGGAAACACGCUAUUGUUACAAUUGUAGGCUACAUGACAGCUGCAUUGUUACGUCACAGUGUUUUGUCUUUUCGCAAAUCGUGCACGAUUUUUCAAGGCACAACAGACCUUAUUUUUUAGAUGUUUUAAAAAUCGUUCAGUAACAAAAGUUGGAAAUUAUUUUUUGAUAAGUUUGUAAUGUUUUCUAAUUAUGUAGAGUAAGUUGCGGGAUUUUGUUUGGAAGCGCAAGAUUAAUUAUGAACGUUUUCACUUAAUUUCCAAGUCCCUUUUGGACCGCAAAAAAUGCGUUAGAGAGUUUAAGAAAACUCUUAAAAACCUCGAUUGUCUAAUUAUUAAUAUACUGUCCAGUCUAGCAAAGAAGUUGUCAGUGUUAUUGAGAGUUUUUUGCUGCCAUUUUUCAAGAAGCAUUUAUCCGUGUGUGCUGCUGAUAAGAGAGAUUUUGUGACUGUGCGGGUUAUAGUCGCUAGUUCAAAAUAUUGCGUUUGUUUUCAACAGUAUUCAAAAUUAUGCUUCCCGCAUUUUUGGGGUCGUUGACCUCUAAUUACGUCACUUUCUGUUUAACCGGGUUUUUUACCCUUGUUUUGUUUGUGUAUUAUUACUGGUGGAAGUUGCCCCACCCACGGUACCCACCUGGGGUAAGGGGAAUACCCGUGUUGGGGGCUUUACCCUUUCUCGGUAAAUCUGCGCAUAAGGUGAUCAUGCGGUGGUCACGUGAGAAGUAUGGACCUAUAAUGUCUGUGAGGUUCGGGCAAAAGGAUUCGGUUGUUUUGAACGAUUAUGAAUCCAUUUAUGAGGCUUUGGUCAAACAAGGCCCAGCGUUUCAGACACGACCAAGGAUUAAAGUAAUCGAAGCCCACAGCAAUGGCUACGGGUUUGGUUUUGCAGCGGGACAUAAGAAAUUUAUGCAGGUUCGACAUUUUACGGGAAAAGCAUUACGUGGGUUGGGCAUUGGAGGUCUUGCCUUGGAGGAACGGGUAUCAGAAGUUGCACAAGAACUUGUUCUGUCUCUUCAAAAAUUGGAUGGAAAACCAACAAACCUAAGAAUGUUGGUUGGAACAACUGUGGGAAAUGUUAUCGCGAGUAUUGUCAUCGGGAAAAAGUUUCAUCCAAACGAUAAAGAAUUCCAGCGCUACAUUCAACUAAUCUUUGAAAGUUUUGGUGAUAAAGAAACGAAGAAGUAUUUUCUAGUUUUGAUUUAUUUUUCAUUUCUUCGUCAUAUUCCUCCAUUCAAGAACGCUUGCAAGCAGUUUAUCGCUGAUCACCGUGAACAAUAUGAUUUUUGUCGUAAAGAGAUUGAAGAACACAAGAAUAACCUUGAUGUGAAUAAACCAAAGGAUUAUAUCGAUGCCUUUCUUAUUGAGAUGAAAAAAUACUCUCCUGAAAACUCUUGGUUCCAUGAAGAAUCUCUCAGGGUGUGCGUGGCUGAUCUUUUUUAUGCUGGUACAGAAACAAGCACAAGCACGAUACUGUGGGGGAUGAUUGCACUUAUCAAUUACCCAGAAAUACAAGAGAAACUUCAUAAAGAAAUAGUCAAUGCAACAGGUGAGCUCAUUCACUGCUUACAUUUUAUUUACAAACUUCCGGUGUCGUGGCAAAGUGGUUAGCGCGCUUGCCUGUAACCCAGAGGUAAUAAGU